UCCAUGACACACCCUCUUCGACUUCUCCAAAGCUCCUCUCUCUCUCUUGAAACCCUAGACGGAGCUCUGAUAGAUCGGCUCUAAACUUUACUGUGAUUAGAGAAACUUCAGUUAUUUGUCUUUCAGGCUAUCUUCUUAAAACUAGUUCAAAAUGGUUGAUAGCAACCCAUCUUCUGGAUCACCUGAAGACACUCCAAACCCCAAUCCUGAUGGAAAUGCACCUUCUGAGAAUGACCUUACACUUGAUUCUCUAUCCCGAAAGGUUCAAGAAUCUUUCUCUGUUGGAAAGAAACAUAAAUUUUGGGAAACCCAACCUGUUGGGCAAUUCAAGGACCUCGGGGACAACAGUUUGCCUGAAGGUUCAAUUGAGGACCCAAUACCGUUAUCUGAAGUCAAACAGGAACCAUACAAACUUCCCAACCUCUAUGAAUGGACCACAUGUGAUAUAGACUCAGAAGAGAUGUGCACUGAGGUCUAUAACCUUCUUACAAAUAACUAUGUUGAGGAUGAUGAGAACAUGUUCAGAUUUAAUUAUUCAAAGGAAUUUCUUCGUUGGGCGCUACGGCCUCCAGGUUAUUUCAGGAGUUGGCACAUUGGUGUCCGGGUCAUAAGUUCAAAGAAGUUGGUUGCCUUCAUUACUGGUGUUCCUUCUAGAAUCCGGGUUCGUAAUGAUGUUGUUAUCAUGGCAGAGAUUAAUUUCCUAUGCGUUCAUAAGAAGCUUAGAUCAAAGAGACUUGCUCCUGUUAUGAUCAAAGAGGUGACUAGGAGGGUUCACUUGGAGAAUAUAUGGCAAGCAGCUUAUACUGCUGGUGUUGUUCUCCCUACGCCUAUAUCAACUUGCCAAUAUUGGCACAGAUCUUUGAAUCCAAAGAAACUGAUUGAUGUUGGGUUCUCUAGACUUGGUGCAAGAAUGACAAUGAGUCGAACAAUCAAACUUUACAAGUUACCCGAGUCAACAGUCACCCCAGGGUUCAGAAAAAUGGAGCUCCAUGAUGUUCCUGCAGUUACACGGCUACUUAGGGAUUAUUUGAGCCAGUUUGUUGUUGCACCUGAUCUUGAUGAAAACGACGUGGAGCACUGGCUUCUUCCAAAGGAGAAUGUUGUGAACAGUUAUCUGGUUGAAAGUCCAGAAACUCAUGUAAUCACUGAUUUCUGCAGUUUUUACACUCUUCCUUCGACUAUCCUUGGCAAUCAGAAUUAUUCGUCUUUGAAAGCAGCUUAUUCCUAUUAUAAUGUUUCGACAAAGACGCCUUUGCUACAGUUGAUGAAUGAUGCUCUUAUUGUUGCAAAGCGCAACGAUUAUGAUGUUUUCAAUGCAUUGGAUGUCAUGCAAAAUGAAUCAUUCUUGAAGGAACUGAAAUUUGGGCCAGGUGAUGGUAAGCUUCAUUAUUAUCUCUACAAUUAUCGGAUCAGAAGUGCAUUGAGACCAUCGGAGCUCGGGCUUGUGCUCUUAUGAAUCUGAGCUCUGAUAUUUGGAUUGUGGCGUCAACUAGGAGCCACUUUAGGUUAUAUGUGCUUAUAAUAUUGAUUGUGAGGUUGCAUUGUUUGUGGGAUACCACUCCUUCAGAUUCUUAGGUUGUCUGCCAGUCGAGCAAUUUUUUGAAAGUUUCUUUGCUGCAAUUUCUAUUGUUGAGACGCAAAAGAAUAUUGAAAUGCUGACUGGCUGUUAGUCUUUCCAUGAACUUGAUUUGAUGUGGACUUUCAUCCGAGGCAUGUUUAUUUGGGGAUGCUCAAUUUCACUUGGGCCGGGCACAAUUCACACUAGUUCGAUUUCGUCCAUUUAUUGGUUGGUUUGGACUAGAUGAAGUGAAAUGUGGAAAAAUGCAUCCAUUCUAAAUGUAGAGGCUCAUAGCUGAGUGAGGGUAGGAUUGAGAGAUAAGAGGGGGGCAAUUGAUUA